UACAGUAUAAGCGUUCAAACAUUCGCGGUAAAAAUACCACUUCUCACUGUAGAGAUUUUGGUUCUGUCAUUGUUUUUGUUUAAACAUAUUGUUAGUGAGUAUUUUAUCUAUCGUCAUAUUUAAAGAUGAGUAGGAUGGCGAGAACACUGAAAGCUGUUCAGCGGGAGCUGCAGAGUGCAAAACCUCAUGCAGCAGAGUCUCCACAGCCUCUGGACAUUUCAUCCAUAGAGAAAACCAGUGUCUUUCAUGGAGAUCAGUAUUCUCCUCAUGGGAACCCCCUUCACAGCACAGCUUUGGAAGAAGAUCUCAGUCCUGGACCAGAACAGAACAAAAAGUCUGCUCCGGAGAAGUCGGGUCGACCGCGAGCUAGGAAGCCUGUUCUUAGUGUAACAGAUACUGAUAAGACCGCAGGACCUCCAACAAAUAAAGGAGCAAAAUCAGUAAGAAAAGUUAAAGGCAGACCUUUACCAACCAUAUCAGAAGACCGAGAUAAUGCAGGAAAGAAAAGAACAUCAAGCCACACAGCCAAGGAAGCAGUCAAAGGUCAGAGGUCAGCAAAAGAAACCUCUUCGAGCCUGGGAGUGGCUCAGAGACAGCAGAGGUCACCUCCAUCCUCAGAGGAGCUGACAGACGAGGAUGAAAGUUUUCACCCAAGCAAAGAGAAGUCUAUACGGGGAAAGAGGAGAUCAUCUAGUCAGCGGCAGAGUGGCCACAAACAGAAAAGGAAAUCUUCAUCUUCAACAGAAAGAGCUGGCCCCUCUAAAAAAGCCAGGGAUUUGAGAAGUCCAACUGAUCUUGACGUGGUGCUCGGUAGUUUUCAGGAGUUUGUCACUCAGUACAAACAGACCAUAAACUCUGAAGCAGUCAGACGCUCCAUUGAUGCCGUCAGUCGCUCAUUUGAGGAGCAGCUCUCAGAGAUAAUCACAGCAACGAAGGAACUCAAGAAUGUGAAAAGAGAAAACAACAAGAUCAACAGCGCUAUUAAUAAGAAGAGGACCAGACUUGUGGAAGCCAAUAAUGAGCUCAUUAAGGGGAAGACAAAGCUGAGGAACCUUCAGAAAGAUCACGAUGAGAUGGAACAGAGACUCAAAGCUCUGAGAGAAGGAUCCUCUUUGCUAACCAACCUGCAGGAGCUCAACAGGAAGUACCUGAAGCACCAUAAAGCUCAUCCGGAUGAGGUGGAAACGUAUGGCCCAUCCUGUAUGCCUGCCAUGUUGAUGGAAGCCAGGUGCAUCAUGGGAACAGAGCACCAGCUAAAGACUGUCAAUGACCAUCUACAGCAGGUCUUAGAUGAAACAGAAAAUUAAUAACUAACACACACUGUACAGCUCAACAAAUAAACAAUUUUAAAGUCAUGGUACACUUUAUCACAUUGUUUUAGUUUUGGGAAUUUAUGCUAAUUUAACUAUUGUUAUAUACUUAACCUUGAGCUAUUUUAUUAUCUCAUUUGACAUUUGACAUCACACUCCAAAAAAUGACUUUUCACAAAAGAGCCUCUACAUAUGCAUCAAGAAUACAUUCUUAUUUUAUUAUUCGUCAUGCAUUAGUAUUUAGGGUAAAGUUUGAACUGGUGCUUAGUCAUUGAUAGCCUUUGUCCUAUAAUGCCCUGCCUGAGCUUGUCUGAUAAGAGGAUCAUUUAGACACUGUGCUUUAGGCUAGAAAUGAUCUCGGUGGUGUUUCAGGGGAAGUUUUUGUGUAAAAGUGCACAUUUUGAGUGAAUGAACAUGCAAAAAUCUAGAUAGAUGCUUUAGCAUAGUCACAUUUAUUCAUUUAGCAGACACUUGUCUUGACACAAUUUACAACUGAGGAAUCAAGAUAUGUUUUAAAUCAAUUUUAUUGUGGAAAUAUGAAGGAGAGGAGAAAUUAUGACUUUCAUUCCUUUCACCUCUGACUCUGUAUAAAAGUCAGUGUUAAUACGCUUUGCGUGGGCUGAAAUUAUAUAUGCUUUAUAUACUUAAAAAUGAAUAUAAAACCGUCUGCAACAAGCAUAAAUGGCUGUAAUAUUUGCACACCUUGUUAACUGAUAUAUGUGGGGUGUGCAUGUUUUCCGUCAAUCCGAGUUCCUUGAGAAUGCAGAACAACUGCCGUGUCACUGCUGACACUUGAUCUGAAUGUUUUGAAUGAGUGUGCAGAUCAGUUUGAUUGUACAAAGCUAGUAUAAUAUCUCUAACUGUGCUCGUAUAACUGACAGCAGCUCUAUUGGACUACACCACUUCCUGUUGUUGCAGGUUUCAACUUACAUGUCUGAUUUUGUCCUUUGCACUUUGCCAGUCAAAAUAAAAUGGGCGGGAAAAAAAAA